AUGUCGCUGACGUUAUCGGACGAGGCGUUUGCCUACUCGGCAAUAUUCCCCGAGGCCAGUGAGAAGAGCACCUCCACUGUUGGGCUGAGGGCUGAUGGACGGACGCUGCUCGACUGUCGACGUAUGAAGCUUCGGUUAGGGCCAGCACUAGGCCAGUGUGAGUGUCGUGUUGGCAGCACUUGGGUUAGGGCGGUGGUGACAGGAGAAGUGAUCACGCCCCCACCAGAGAGGCCCAACGAGGGUAAACUGUUCGUCAGUGUGGAUUAUGGUGCAGUAGUCAGCAGUGCCACACUUCCCUCUGGGGACUCCGCAGGGCUGCCCGGAACGGCUCAAACACCCGAGGCUGUAUCAUUAUGUAACCAACUGGAGAGGAUGCUCAAAGGCUCCAAGGCUGUCGAUGUGGAAGCAUUAUGUAUCGCUGGUGGCAGUAGAGUGUGGAGUGUUCGCUUGGAUGUACAUGUCUUCACUGAUGCUGGUAACGUCGGCGAUGCAGCAGCAACAGCUAGCGUGGCAGCACUGAUGCAUUACCGGAGGUCAGAGGUCACCACGAUGGAAGGGUCUACUGUGGUCCGGGAGGAGCUGGAGCCAAUGCCGCUGUCGAUCCAUCACAUGCCCCUCCCACUCACGUUCACACUGGUCAAAAGCCCUGAUGGUACCACCUCGGCGGUACUAGCCGAUCCCACCUCUCUAGAAGAACGGCUCAGCGGUGGGGCCCUACUGGUUGUUGUUGUUAACCAGUACGGUGAGCUGUGUAGUCUGCUGAAGCCUGGUGGCACCUCCUGCCCGCUGCCCACUGUUAUCAAUUGCAUACAUGCGGCCGCAGGAAGAGCCAAGGAAGUUCAUAAAAUGAUCGCUGAUGCUCUCGAGAAGGAUACCGCCCAACGAGGGGAGCGCAAGAAGGAUAUUCAUCACAAGUACGACACCAAGACGGUGUUGACGAUCAACACUGAUGGAAUAGUGAAGCCUGAGGUCCAGCGGGAAGGCGGUGACAGUGGAGCUAUCGAUGAUAGUGGUGAUACCCCCAAGCCCAAGAAGGCUCGGGCCAACGUCUGA